AAUAUCGCGUAGCCGUGGCGUUUGGUGACGUUGUCAAGACUGAGCGAAAGCCCGUGUGGUGCGUUAACGGGAACUAAAAGGAAAGAAAAUUUAAAAAAAAAAUGACCAGGGGAAACCAGCGUGAACUUGCACGUCAGAAGAAUGCCAAGAAGCAGAGUGACUGCACCAAAGGAAAAAGAAGUGAUGAUGGCUUAUCUGCUGCUGCACGGAAGCUGAGGGAUGCUGAGAUAAUGAAACAGAAACAGAAACAAGCCAAGGACAAGCCCCAGGAGAAGCCCAAAUAACAUGGCAAGAGGACUAACCAUCGCUUACAAGAGAAGUUUCAAUCUCUGACACAAGCUUCCUGUCUGGGAUUUUAUUUUCCUUUUGUCCAAGUUUCAAUAUAUAGAUUUACUUUCUUGUAAUUCUUAUUGGGGUGGGGGGAGGGGAGCUGUAUAGCUUUCUGAUGGUCUCCUUUCUGGCUUGUGUUUUAACUGGAGCAGUUUUGAAUUGGGUGCAGCACUUUGAUCAGCAUGCAUGAGCUUCACUCUUCUGAGCAGUAUUUACAGUGUAAAGUGAGAAGAGCAGAUGCCCCUGCUUGAAUCUAUAUAACAAUCUUGUAUUUUUGUAUCAGAGUUUGCCUCCCACUUGAAGUUAAAUAAAACUCUAGCUUUUUAUUUCA